AUCCAUAUUCACUGCUUCUUUUCUUUUGGUCUUUGUAAAAUAUUAUUAUGCUAAGGUCAACAGUGAUUGAUCUUAGUGUUUCAACUUCAAUCAGUUUUCUUGGUCAUGUUUUGUCAAUAAGGGGUUGUUUGGUAAAGUGGGUGGGACAAGUUUUGUGAAAAUAUUAGCUUUUUGGAGAAUUGGGUGUUUAGGAUUUUAAGGUUUUAAGGUUCUUGAUCUGAUUUGUAUGUUUGGGUUGUUUGGUGAAGUGGGUUAGACAAGCUUUUAAUUCCUAUAUUGUAAAGAUUCAAGCUUUUUGCAGAAUUGGGUAUUUGGGUUUUUGAGGUUUUCUUGAUCUGGUUUGUCUAUUUGGGUUGUUUGGUGAAGUGGGUAAAGACAAGUUUAAUACAAAUAUUGUAAAGAUUCUAGCUUUGUGCAGAAUUGGGUAUUUGGGGUUUUGAGGUUUUGUUGAUCUGGUUUGUCUUAUUUAAGUGAUUGGUGAAGUGGUUAAGACAAGUUUUAAUUCUCAUAUUGUAAAGAUUCUAGCUUUUUAGAGAAUUGGGUAUUUGGGUUUUUGAGGUUUUCUUGAUUUGGUUUGUCUUACUUAAGUGAUUGGUUAAGAUAGUUAAGAGAGCUUAUCUUGAAUUUAUUGUGUCAAUUGGAGUUCUAUGGCAGUUCUGGAUAGGUAAAACAAGAGAAAUAAGAGAUUCCAAUCUGAACUUUUAAAAGUCUUGGUUUUGAAGUUCUGAGGGUUUCGAUUUCUGUUGGAAUUUAAAAGGGAGUUGACAAUUGAAUCUAGAUUUGAGUUGCUUAGUUGAAGUCUGAAAGAAUCUGGAGUGUUUGGUUAUUUUGAUUGUCGAGUGAGGUAGUUUCCACUCUGGUCCUGUUGGGAUUGGAAGAAAAGUUGACUAAAGAAUUUGCGCAAUGGAUCGAUUAUAUUUUGGUUUUAUGAAAUGGGGUGAUUAUGACAUUUUUUACUGAAAAUGGCUGUAGUUGUGCUGUGUUUACUGUUGCUAUUGCAAGUCCCGCUAAUACCUGCUUCUCUGUUGUUGGGACAUAAAGAAGCUUGUGGAAUUUAUCGAGUUGAUUAUUCAGAUGAUCUAAAUCGCCAAGUAUUUUAUGUAAAUGGCGUAUUAGUAGAUAAAGAUUUAUUCUGCAACACCCUCAAAAACGAUCGUGCAGAACAUUGCGGUAUCAAAAAUGUUGGGUUUGGAUAUUGUGGAUCGUACUUAUUGAUUGAUGAGUUGCAUUUCAAGUCUGGAAGAAAAUUUAUACAGAAAGUGGUCAGACAAGGAUCCAACGGACACAAUUUUGAUGAUACAUCACGGAAGGCCAAAGAAAAGCAUCCUGAUGAUUUUUCAAUAACCCCCCAAAAGUUGUCCAUGGCAGGAGUACCAGCAUUUUUUAUUCUAUGCUGUGGCUUAAUUUGUCCCUGUUUUCGCACGAGGAAGAAGGAAACGGAUCAAUCCGCUCUUGUGAAAGAUCCUAAUUCAAUGGACUCCUCUCUGGAGAUGAAUUUUGUUCCUGAAAAGGCACCAGGCAGUCCACUACGACCGCCACAGAGUCCACUUCGAGUGCCGGCUAGUCCCUCUAGAUUUAGCAUGUCUCCGAAACUCAAUAGAAUUGGCUCCCUUCACCUCAACAUGAAUCAGGCUCUCAAAGCGACCCAAAAUUUCUCUCCAACCCUAAAAAUUGGAGAGGGAGGGUUUGGAAAGGUCUACAAAGCUCAACUACCAGAUGGCCAAAUAGUUGCCAUCAAACGCGCAAAGAAGGAGCAUUUUGAUGCUUUGAGCAAUGAAUUUAAAAGUGAAGUUGAGCUAUUGGCAAAAAUUGAGCACCGGAACUUAGUUAGGCUUCUUGGUUUUGUUGAUAAGGGAAAUGAACGCCUCAUCAUUACGGAGUAUGUACCUAAUGGUACACUAAGAGAACAUCUAGAUGGUGGACGUGGAAAAAUCUUAGAUUUCAAUCAGCGACUUGAAAUUGCAAUUGAUAUUGCUCAUGGCCUAACUUACCUCCAUCUAUAUGCUGAGAAGCAAAUUAUCCAUAGAGAUGUCAAGUCAUCAAACAUUCUCCUGACAGAGAGCAUGCGUGCCAAAGUCGCAGAUUUUGGAUUUGCCAGGCUCGGAGGCUCAGAGGCCGAUAAAACUCACGUUUCGACCCAAGUGAAAGGAACAGUUGGUUACCUUGACCCUGAGUACAUGAAAACAUAUCAACUCACACCAAAAAGUGAUGUCUACUCAUUUGGGGUACUUUUAUUAGAAGUUUUAACGGGUCGUCGUCCUGUGGAGCUUAAAAGACCUCCUGACGAGCGGGUGACACUUAGAUGGGUUUUUAGGAAAUACAACGAAGGAUGCGUAUUGGAGAUGUUGGACCCUCAAAUGAAGGAAUCUGUAAACGGGGAGAUACUAGUGAAAAUGUUUGGUUUGGCAAUCCAGUGUGCAGCUCCUACACGAAAAGAUCGCCCGGAUAUGAAGAUUGUUGGGGAGCAGCUUUGGGCGAUUAGAAUGGAUUAUUUGAGGAACGGAAGGAGACAGUAAGAUACUGAUACUGUGAAUAUACCGAGUCUUCCGCCAAUUGACAGAAAUGGCAGCUGGAAUUCGAGAACAGUCCAUCCUAGUUUAUAUCCCCUAGAAAGGAAGGAGAUUCAGAGAUACUUAUUGCUCAAUCUUCCACUUGUUGUAUUUUAUUGUAUAUGUGAGAGCAGUUAAGGUAUUUCUUUUCUUGAUGUUGAUUAAUCGAGUUACGAGUGAGUAAUAGGAAAAGAGUUCCUUACUGGCAGUAGUUCUAAGGAUUGAUUUUUUUUUUUUUUUUUUGAUAAAUGAAAAUUUCCCGAUUA